GCGCAUUGACGUCAUCUCGGCUCCAGUCGUUCGCCAUUUUGCUCUCGGUUUUGCAAGUCCGGUGCUUCUAUUUGUGAGGCAGCGCUAAGAAAAAUACAUUUAUUUUGAGGGCUGUUUAAAGGGUUUAUAAAUAUUUUCGGGCAGAACUAUGGCAAACCCGUCCGGUGACGUGGAUAUGCCGGAGGGCGCAGAGGUCCGUAAGCUGUCGGAGCUGCGAGUCAUCGACUUAAAGGCCGAGCUCAAGAAACGAAACCUCGACACAACUGGCGUAAAGAGCGUGCUGUCGGAGCGCCUCAAAAGGGCAAUUGAGGAAGAAGGGGGAGACCCAGAUCAGAUUGUCCUCAUUCCGGACUCGAACCCCAAAAAAUCGACACCCAAGCGUACCGCCAAAGAUUCCCGGCAAGACGAGGAAGCAGAAGAAGUUCCUUUGGAGGAGGAUUCGCGUGAUGGACAAGAAGACUUUCUGGACCACCAUGAGAACAUGCAGGACGACCACGAGAACAUGCAGGACGACCACGAGAACAUGCAGGACGACCACGAGAACAUGCAGGACGACCACGAGAACAUGCAGGACGACCACGUGAACAUGCAGGACGACCACGAGAACAUGCAGGACAUGGACAUCCUUGACAUGAAUGUUCUGGAUGAGACUGAGAACGAAAGUGGGAUGCCAACAGGGGACCCUAUGGACGAUGAAGGAAAUUACGAUAGAGACGACGAGGCGUUGCUGGAGGAUGAAAACGACUUCACUGAGUUUGGGUCAGGACAAGAGCCUCAAGGUCCAGAGAAUCCAGAUGACGGCGCUGAAGAAGGACUGACAGAGCCACUAAAAGAAGACCAGGACCAGAGCCCCGAAGAAGAGCAAGCCGCCGGAGGGGAAGAUGGCGUGUCCAACGCUGGUGCCAAGGCCAGCAGCGCUGCAUCUGCCGAUGGGGAUGACGCCAAAGAGACCGGGGAUGUGAAUACUGUCCCAGAAGAGACACUUGACUCUGAAAACAAAAACUCACAGGCUGUUAGUGUAAGCGAACAGGGCGGCUCGGGUGAAUCUGUUGAUUCAGAAAAGGGGUCUAAGAAGGGUGAGAAGGACGAGAAGACUGUGGAUAAGGCUGCCGCGGAUUCAACCUCAGCACUGAAAGAGUCCUCUUCAGUAGAGGGCGAUGAUCAGAACAAGAGCUCUGAAGAAAAAGACGGCAAGACGGAGACAAAGGAUGAAAAAGCGAGCAGUAGCAGAAAUCUGUGGGUCAGUGGUCUCUCUUCCACCAGCAGAGCGACUGAUCUAAAGGCACUAUUCAGCAAACACGGCAAGGUUGUUGGCGUAAAGGUGGUGACCAAUGCUAAGAGCCCGGGGGCUCGGUGCUUCGGCUUUGUCACCAUGUCUACCUCAGACGAGGCCACCAUCUGCAUCAGUCACCUUCACAGGACCGAGCUGCACGGCAAGAUGAUCUUUGUGGAGCGGGCUAAAAAUGAGCCUGCCGGAAAAAAGCCGGCUGACAAGGCUGCCAGCGACAGGAGGCACUCGACUGACUCCAAGUCUGAAAAGGAUGACAAACCGGAAGGAGAGGGCAAAGAUGACAAAGAUCAAAAUGAGAGGACUGUAGUCAUGGACAAGUCUAAGGGAGAGCCUGUUGUCAGCGUCAAGACCAAAAGCAAAAGCAGGGAGAGGAGUUCUAAGAGUCGGAGUCGUGCCUCUUCCAGCAAAGAGAGAAAAGACAUCCUGACGUUUGCCCAAAUCAAGGCGCAGAGAAAGAGGGAGAAACAGAAGCAGCGAGAGAGGGAGAUGAGGGAGGCUGAAAGAUUCAGAUUCAAUGAUCGCAACCGUGACAACCCGUCAGAGCGCGAACGAAUCCGAAUGUUCAGAGAAAGAGAGGAAAGGAUGAUGAAUAACCGGCGCUGGCUGGAGGUGGAGAAACAGCGGCUGGAGGCAGACCGGAUGGAGCGCCAGUUCCUGGAGCGGGAAAGGAUGCGGAUCGAGUACGAGCGGCGGCGCGAGCAGGAGAGGAUAAUGAGGGAGCGCGAGGAGCUGAGGAGGCAGCAGGAGCAGCUGCGCUUUGAACAGGACAGACGGCCCGUAAAGAGGCCGUACGACAUGGACAGAAAAGACGACUGGCCUGACAAGCGCAUGGCUAUGGAUGACCGUUUUGGCCGCUCAGACUUCGGUCGCCAGGAUCGCUACCAGGACUUCGACCACAGAGACCGUGGCCGUUUCCAAGACGACGGACAGCACUUCUCAGACAGACACGGCAGAGAUUCGUGGGGCGGAGGCUACGACAAGCGCAUGAACCCAAGGGACGGUGGCCGCGACUGGGACUCUGGCCGAAAGAUGGAUGGAGACAGACCGUGGCAAGGUAGAGAUGGUGGCAUUCCAGGCCAGAGCCACAUGCCACGUGGAGGAAUGGCAGGUCGUGGAGGUUACAUGAACACAGGAACGUCUCAGUCUCUGUCUGGAGCUCUGAACAGACAGAACCAGAUGAUGCAGGGCGGCGGCAUCCAGGGAGGAGCUUUCGGUCGACGCUACUGACUCCCAUGAUGUUGUACAGUUUUUGAAUGGUCUUUUUUUUUUUUCUUUUCAUGGAUGUCACAACAUUUUUAUUUUAUUUUAUUUUAUUUUUUGCCAUACAUUUUAAUGAUUUUUCCUGCUAGGUUUGUUUUAAUUGGUAGUGAUCUUCUCCUCUGUAGUUGUCAGUUGUACAAAUUGACCAUUUUCAUUGUGAAUCCACCCCGACUGUAAUAAAUUCAGAUGCUUAUAACACCUGGGUUUCAUGGACCUAACCUCAGCA